UGAAAAUGUGGAUCUGAAAGAGAUGGAGCAGAGCAUCGAGAGGAGGAGAGUGCCAAGAUGAACUCCCGAUGUGAGGAUAAGAAAGACACAGCACUCAACAUUAUCACGUAAAUUUGUGGAGGUGAUGACGGACUACAACAGCACACAAACAGACUACAGAGAGAGGUGCAAGGGCCGUAUCCAGAGACAACUAGAAAUCACUGGUAAAUCCACAACAGAUGCCGAGCUUGAAGACAUGCUGGAAAGUGGGAAUCCUGCCAUCUUCACAUCAGGGAUCAUCAUGGAUACACAACAAGCAAAACAGACGCUGAGGGACAUUGAAGCACGACACAAUGAUAUCAUCAAGUUAGAAAGUAGCAUCAGAGAACUCCAUGACAUGUUCAUGGACAUGGCUAUGUUGGUGGAAAGUCAGGGUGAAAUGAUUGAUAGGAUCGAAUACAAUGUAGAGCAGUCUGUUGACUAUGUGAGACGCCAAAAUGACACAAAAAAGGCAGUCAAGUACCAAAGCAAAGCAAGACGGAAGAAAUUCUACAUCGCGAUAUGCUGCGGUGUCGCACUAGGUAUCCUCGUUCUCGUCUUGAUCAUCGUCUUGGCUUGAUGAUGACCUUUGACCUUUUACCUCUGACCUGCAGCAGAAAAGCGGAAGACAACUUAACAUUAACACAUCUAGCCGGCAUUAUAACAUACACUUGAGUUUAUACUCAAUGAGUUUGUCAAGGUGUCUCAAGGAAGAGGCAAAUAAGUUCAAGACGUGCUCAAGAAUUUGCCUGAAAGGAUAUUUGAGAAUUUUAUUUCCAAGAAGAGAGAUAUAUAAUAAUAAAGGAGAUGAAAUAGAUGAUAAUUUAUUCUCUGAUAGUAUUCAGCAUUUUGUUGUCUUAGUGGAGAGUGUAAUUCAGAGGCGUGCUCAAGAAUUUUCUUUAAAUUAUAUCAUUUGAUUUUUAAAGUAAAUUAAGAUGUUAUUAAUAGAAGAUAUAACAACAGAUAUUGUAACUAAUUGGCAAAAGGAAUUC